UUAUUAUGCUUGACGCAGACUUCUCGCUUCCAUGUAAGACAAAUCAUAAAAAUUAUAUAGUACCAAAUAAAUUUUAAAAGAAAUAAAUAAAUAGAAAAUUAAUAAACUCAACGCCCAAGCUUGCGAGCCAUCGUCCAGCGAUCAGAGAAAGAGAAAGAGAAGAGAAGAGAAAGAAACAGAAAUCUUGUAAGGAUGAUGUCAGGCAAUUACACUAGUAUUGAUAAUCAAAAGGUCUCGGGAUCCGUACCUUCUGUUCCAGAUCCAGGUCACAUCUCUGCCAAAUUCUCAGUUUUGUUAAUCUUCGUGUUUGUGAUGUGAUUGCUUGGCUAUGCGGUUGCAGAUUCGAAUCUGCAGAAUUUUCCUCCACCAAGUGCGCAUGGGAAAAUCUCCAGUGGAUCUCGCCUUCCUCGCGAUGCUGAUGUGGAGUUCUGAAGUGUUUGAUGAACCAAAUCAAAACACAGUGAGAAGUUGUGUAAUUACAAUGUCAAUUGAAGGAGGUAAUGAGCAGAUGUUUGCACUGGUGCAGAUACAUUUUCAAAACCUGUUUCUGGUACUGAUGAACCCCAGCAAAGUGGUUGGAUGCGGACAUUCACAAUUGCUGCGUAUAAACCAUAUUUUGAUGUAGACACUAUAGAUGUUUUAGAGAGAAUCAAAGAUUCACUUUUCCCUUUCAGAGGAACAUUUACUGAGAAAACUGCUGGCAACCCUGACUUGUAUGGACCAUUCUGGAUAUGCACUACUCUAAUCUUUGUGGCAGCUUCAAUUGGCACUUUCGUUACCUAUCUAGCACACAAGCUGAAGAAUAAAGAGUGGGAUUAUGACAUAAAUGUGGUGACUUGGUCUGCUGGUGUUUUUUAUGGCUAUGUCACCAUUGUGCCUCUUGGUUUGUAUGUGGUCCUUAAGUACUUUUCUGUACCAUCAGGCCUUGUCCAGCUGUUUUGUCUCUAUGGUUACUCCCUAUUCAUCUUCAUUCCAGCAUUGUGUCUCUCCAUUAUUCCCUUGGAAAUUUUCAGGUGGGUGAUUGCAGGUGUGGCAGGUUUUAUGUCAGCAAGCUUUGUGGCACUUAAUCUACGAGCUCAUAUCAUGUCAGCAGGUGAAAGGAAAAACAACAGAGCUCGGAAAGAAACGACUUUGAUAUCCAUCCGAGAACAGGAAGGUUGGAGAGAAGAGGAGGGAGAAAGAAGUGUGAGGGCAGAAGAAAGGGAAUCCGCUUUGGUAACAUUUGAAGAGGAAGAUUUAUCCCGAGCGUUUCUCUUUACGUUCUUUUAUUGGUUUCCAUUUAGGUUUGUUUUUUGGAACCUUUAUUAAUCUUUUUGGGCAGAGGAACGUUUUUUUAAUUUUGUGGUCAUUGUUAUGGCGCUGUAUCCCUACUUAUUGUCGGUUUAGCCUUUGAUGUUUUUUAAAAAUUUUUUUUUCUUUAUCCUCAUUUUAAACAUUGAUUGUUCUCUAGAGAGGGAUUGUUUUCUAGCGAUUGGAUUUUGGGAUUUGUAUAUUGUCUCUAGUUUGCUUGAUCAACGUUUGUUGGACUAAAUGUGGACCGGUGAUAAUCGGCGCUGGAGUUUUGUGUUUGGCUCCUUAAGGUGGCUCUCUGGGUAUAUGAGACAGAGAAUGCCAGGAGCUAGUUUGUUGUUCAGAAAUCCUGAUCAGCGAGACAUACAGUGAUCCUGUGAAAUCCUAUUUCUUCUUGCAUGGCUGUUUUUGGUGGUUUCUCU